AUGGUGGAGUUUGGGAUCCCGAAGCUGUGCAUCCUUUGUUUGCUCCUUCUGUGCGAACCCAAGCACCCGGAGCGCUCGCACAUCGAUGUGAUCCGGGAUGGCACAUAUUGCAAGCAUAAUUUGAUUCAGGUUGUGGAACAGGGAGAUCCCGACGAUGGAGAAAUGGGACGGGAUGCACUGGUUGGACUGGGCUACGCCAUCUCCGCCCACGAUAUCGAGCACCACCCGUCCAUGGACAUCAACAGCUCGGCCGGCUUUGCGUGGCUCAUCCUGGCGAGCUUUUUGAGUUUGAAACGAGCCGGGCCAAGGUGGGUCGCUUGGGUUCGCGAUGCUCCAGCCGGUUUGUUCGUCAUGGGUGUGGAUGAAUCGCCACACCUCCCAGAGAAGCAGCUCUUCGGCAACUAG